UACAUUUACACGCGUUACAAGCGAAAAGGCGGGCCGCAUAUGAUUAGUUGAUCUGUGAAAAUCAUACUUUGCGCCCAUUCGCUGCUUUCUCUACAUAAGGGCGGGACAUAAAUCGUUAACAACCAAUCACUCUACGGCUUUUAAAGCUGUAAAAUAAGAAGGCGCUGAUUGGAUGUGGAUCCAAACAAGCUAAACAACAUUUUCAGAGGCGAUAUGGAGUUCCUGAAGUGGGACACUGAAGAUGUUGCAAAGUGGGUUGAGUCUAUAGGAUUUUCAAAAUACAAAGCUUGUUUCACCGAGAAUUUCAUCACUGGAAAGAAGCUCAUACAUGUCAACUGUAACAACUUGCCAAAACUUGGAAUCACGGAUUUCAGAGACAUGCUGGUCAUCUCCGCUUGCGUACGUGUGCUGUUGGGGAUCACAGAGACCCCGUGGAACAACAGCAUCGCUGACCCCCGGCGGGACACCGUGGCCCUGUUCUUGGAAGUAAAGAGCCGCACGGGAAAAUGGACUAACUCCCUCACCUACCAGCAGUUUUUGUACUACUUGGAAGACCCGGACUACACCCCGGAGCCCGAGUCAGAGCACGACGAGAACGAGGGCUACGAGAACGAGGACGACGAGAGCGAGGACGACGAGAACAAGGACGACGAGAACAAGGACGACGAGAACAAGGACGACGAGGACGAGAACGAGGAAAACCAACAAUAAAGAGCAAAAAAAAAAAUAUGUAAAUAUAUAUAAACAAAAGCAUCUCUGUGUCAUUUCACAUCAGUGUCUCAUCUGAUGACACAGAUGAGACACUUACAGUAGGUCAGAGACGGGUCCUGACAUUAACACUUCCCAGCAGCAAAAUGCCACUGUUGUCAGUGCGGCCGAUAAACAAAAAGAGGAACCUUUCAAGUGCGCUUUCUGCUGGCUGUCUGCGUGUGUUUAAAAUCGCUUCAAACAGGAAUGAGCCGCUGGAAAUUUACCGAGUAGUGGGUGAUCUCACGAAAUGUGUGAAACAACAAAGACUGACUGCAUUUUUUUCUUUUUCCCCCCAGAUUUAUCCAUCAGAUUUUGCGAACGUAAAACAGCACAAAUCAACUGAUCAAAGGGGCUCCUGCCAGCCUGGUUGUGGAGAAAUCCCCAAACCACCUGUAAUUCUCAUUGAUCUUGAGUGUAUGUCAAGGAACUGGAUUAGUUAAUUGAUUCCUGGCGAUCCUUGGGGUAAUUUUCAGGAUGAUGUCAACAAAUGGCUGUUUCACAGAAAGCCCCAUUAGUGGCGACUCAAUCGUUGUUCUCUGAAAACACUCUUGUAAAAAUAUUUAGCCCUAUUAAAGGUUUGUCACAUUUUCGUCAGACUGACUUUAAUGUGUUGUGUUGGAGUUUUAUUAAAAGAAAAUGACACAUGGUUUUUAAAAUCGACAAAUAUUUUACUAAUUGGCUUCUUUUAAUCUGAUACCCCUAAAUUAAAUCCAUUUCCUUCUAAAUUUGCCUAAUCACAACCUGUGUGUAGCUUAAUUUUUAUGUAACAGCAUGAAGCUGUUAACCAGGGGAUGUAUCAAACCUGCAUCAAUCUAACUAAGGAUAGGGCACCAACACUGGCUCCGGCCCAGGGACCCACAUCCUUCUAAAUCCGGCCCUGUACAUAUUACAACUAUACAAGAAAGACAUUAAAAGUCAUGUUUGAUUAGCUGUUAACAUUUCAACUAGGCUAGGACAAUAUUGGUGAAUUAUGUAGAAAGGUAAACAUUGUGAUGAUGAUUUUGUGACACUUUCCUGUCUGUCUCUCUCCCUCUCUCUCUCUCUUUCUCAUUGUGCAUCCAGCACUCUGUGUGACUUUUGGCACCUUGGGGACUGUCACCCGUGUCAGGUGUGGACAUCUAUGGCUGUGACACUCUUCAUCAGCAAGCAGAAAAUGACACUGACAAGGUGUGGGCUCAUAACACUUGGAACAUUUGACCCAGCAAAUUAUUGCCUGGCGAUAUUUAUGCUGUUACAUUGCAAUUUUUUUCCCACAUUUUUACUUUUGAGCUGCAGCUUUGCAUUGUUAAAAUGGAAGAUUUUUGUUCCUUCAUCAAUAUAAAUUAUGCUGGGAGAUUAUUAGCCAUGCAACUCCAAAUGUCUGGUCUUUAUUAGAAGGAGUCAAGAAGAAAGCCAUUGUUGGAAGCAGCAACUUUUAGAGACAUGGAGAAGAUGAAUGAAGCUUUCUGGAAGAAAACCCACACUGUCAUUUAACUAGUUGUUUAGAUCUAAGCAUAUUCAAGAAAUAGGAUGUCCUACUCAAAGUCCACAUUGAGAAUUGGAGCUAAGAACUGAAAAUGACACACUUUAGCGAUCCACCUCAACUCAGUCUGAGCAAUUUGCAAAGGCAAAUGGAAAGAAAUGUUUGUUGAUGAUCAAAGGUGGAUAUUUUUCCUGUCAAAAACUGAAGAACGGAGGGGGGAACACUUCAAGACAGCUACCUUACUGUCAACUUAUGCACUUAAGGCCCAUACUUUGCCAACUUGCACAAAAGGCUACGGAGUGGGUGCAUCAGAUAAUGAUGGAUUCCGUGCCAAGUAGACCCUCGGGGAGCCAGGCCUCUGUGUUUUAGCCAACUCAACACUUUCUUGCCCAAAAAAAUCUAUUGAAUACAUAAGGGAGUGUUCAGCUUUACAGGCUGCUAUUUUGGGGUUUGUCCAUGAAUAAAAGGAAAGAAAGAAAGAAAGAAAGAAAGAAAGAAAGAAAGAAAGAAAGAAAGAAAGAAAGAAAGAAAGAAAGAAAGAAAGAAAGAAAGAAAGGAAAAACACAGGCAAAGAUUUCAUGCAAAAGAAACUGAUGGAUUUUCAAUACAGCUCGACUCAUGUUUCAUCUCAUGUACGUGUGAAUCUGAUCGACAACCCAGCUUUCUUUUUAUAAACGCUCACAGAUUCCAGGUCCGCUGCGUUUCUUUCUUUCUAUCUUUCUUUUUCUUUUUUCUUUUUUUCUUUUCGUGCAGCAGUAGUUCAGUCUACAUGAAUAAAUUAUGAUGCCUGCCUGCGAGAUAGGCUGCGAGCUUCUACUGCUGCUGCAUCUGCCUGCUGCACACAAAUGGUCUCUGUGCGGCUCGGAGCGCACGAAUUACCAUUCCGGGCACAGCGCUGCUGCUGGUCAAGAAAUGGAGCCGGGUCGGUGGCAGACAGCGGUCCGGGGGCAAAGCGGGGACUACACCGCCUAUAACGGCAGAAAGCUCUCUGUCAGUCUGGAUUAAGUCGCUUCUGACUGAGCCCCUGCGUCGCGGACUGGGAGAAAAAAAAAAAAAAGCCCGUGAAAGCGAGACGAACAUCUGGUCGGAUUGAGCGCAACACCAGCCACCCAGCGCCACGUAUUAAAGCAAGCCUA